AUGGAGAGAAACACAGAUCAGAAAGGGCUGAUCUACAUGGCGGUAGAAGAGUUGCUUCAAAUGAUCGAAAUGAACAAAGGAAUUCUCAAGGCUCACUCUCUUCAUGUCAGCUUGUUGGAAGUUCAUAAAGAGAAGAUCAAAGACCUCUCGGUGGCGAACUCCAGAGGCUUGGAGGUCUACCAAACAGCACUAGGGAGUCAAGAAGUCAAAGGAUUAAAAGAAUUGAGAGUUAAAAAUUCUGAGCAAGUGUGGCUCACUCUCGCUGAGUGCUUUAGAAUCAGUUCCAAGAAGAAACCUUUACACAUUGUUGAAUUUCUAUUUAGUUUGUUUUGA